UGCAAGUAUCAUGACUUUAUGGUUGGUUGGGACAUUGGGAGUGUGUACUGGUGGUGGAAGUCUAUUUGUGCAUGUCAUUAGUUGUUCAUGUCUGCGGUCAAGUUGCUUUCGUCAAGUUAACUUGCAUUCCUAUCGUCACUUGAGAACUCCAAGGAAAGGUCCUUAUUACUAUUGUUCUCACAGAAACAGGUUGUGCCAUAAGUUACCUUGGUUUUUACCUUUUGGCAAUUACCGUCUCACACAUACAAGGCAUAUUGUAGGAACCCAUAGUGUAGCAGAUAUAUUGUCGAAUACUCUUUUCCAACGUGUUGUUAUGAACGACAGAGGACUAUUAAAUACCUUUUCUCGGUCACCUUUGGAUCGACUCAACAAUCAUAGAAACCAAGCCUCCUUAUUGGAAGAGUGUGAAAACUCUAGUCAAGUCAGAUAUAUCAUAUUCUACCAUCGAGAACCACUUUUAAAGGUAGUAACGGAACAAGCUCCUUCUGAAAAGGAACCGUUUGUGAAAGAACAAGCGCAUAUUGCUUGGUUCACUCGGGAACACGGUUUGGUAGAAGAAAUACUUGCGAAAGGUGGACAAGCCUUGUUAUUAGGCAAGUGGACGAGUGUAAAACACGCGAUACUAUCCGAUGAGAAUGUUUCAUCUGAUAUAUAUGACAAAUAUUGUUUUGUGUUAGAUGCAACAGGAAUAUGGAAUAGUGACCAGAUAUCUCAAAUAGGCGCGCAGCCUAUGAACAUUCGAUCACUUUUAUACAAAAUUCAGUUUGAUCCCCAAGAAGCUGCAGUAUUAGCGCAUGCACAGUCAUUGCUUGAGUUUCAUGUUCGUCAUCAAUAUUGUGGAAAAUGUGGUGCUUUAACGGAGUUGGGAGGAUUAGGUAGCAAGCGUGUUUGUAGUGCAGGCUGUGGAAUGGAAUGGUUUCCUAGAAGUGAUCCAGUUAUUAUUGUUGCUGUAGUGAAAAAUGGUCACUUGUUAAUGGGAAGACAACCAAGUUGGCCGUUAGGUCGAUACAGUGUUAUUGCAGGAUUCAUGGAACAUGGUGAAAGUAUAGAAGAUGCUAUUUACAGAGAAGUAAAAGAGGAGACUUUUAUUCAAGUUGGUCGCUGUCGAUAUCAUUCUUCACAACCUUGGCCAUUUCCUUAUAGUCUUAUGUUGGGUUUUGUUGCAGAAGCUUCUUCACAAACGAUUCAAGUGGAUAAACAGGAAUUGGAUGAUGCAAAGUGGUUUUCGAGAGAACAAGUUCAACAAAUGUUAUCCAAUCGAGACCCUAAUGGCCUUCGUGGUCCACCACCUCAAAGCAUUGCCUAUGAAUUGUGUCAUGCAUUUGUCAACGGAGAUGAAAUAUGCAACUUUUAGAUGAGAUUUAUUUACUGUUCAAACGACGACUUACCCAUUUACAAAGUUGCAUAGUAAAAGCUUUUCUUAUACUUGUCCCAUCUAUCCAUCCCAUCAACUGUUCUGUUUC